AUGGUGUUUCCUCAGAGUUUUAGGUUGAGAGAUCACACAGAGGUCAACAGCAACGAGUUUCACGCUUACUGCUUGUCUCUCGCUACACGAAUCGACGCAGCUAUUUGGAAUAAUGAAGUUCCUGGAGACACUCAAGAGCUUGCUUUAACCCUCAAUCACGUGGGUCAACGUAGAUGUGAUGAUCAAACAAAGGCAGUGAUCAUGACGCUGAUGAUGUCAGUUAAGAGUGCUUGUGAGCUUGGAUGGUUCCCGGAGAGAGAAUCUCAACAACUGUUGGAUCUUGUAGACUCGAUGUUGAAGAGUUUCACCAGUCCUGAAAACGUCGCCUCUAGUCUAACUCCUAACGGUCCCGUCACUCUAAUUCCGCAGGUCAUGGAGAAGUUCUAUCCGUUUUUGAAGCUGGGGCAUAUUCUUGUUACUUCUGAGGCGGAUGCAGAAUCAAUAGCAUUGGCGAAGCCCUUCCAUAUUUCAAAGAAUAUUGUGGAACAUUCUUCCAAGCCGAGACCAAGAGUAGGAUUAUUUGUUUUCCGGACAGAGGACAUAAGCAACUCUAGUUGUAUUAUACACCCUCAAGAAGUCAGCUUUUCAUUGAAUGGAAGGGACGUUGACAAGAGACAUUUCAAGUCAAUGGAUUCUAGGCCGCAGUGUCCAACAAAUCUUUAUAACUUGCUUUCCCCCGGGACAAAUCUUCUGCAAACAUUAGGCUGUUUUGGAGGUAGUUACUUCAUUGUUAUUGCCUUUCUGCAUGACAUACCACUGCCUGUCUAUCCGUCUCUGAAAGAUUAUGUUCAUUCUGAAGUCAAUGAAUCAAAUUCAGCUUGUGACAUACCUAAGGGCCCAUCAAGGAUAUCUCUCAGCUGUCCUAUAAGCCGCAAGCGUAUCAAACUUCCUGUGAAGGGUCAUGUCUGCAAGCAUCUUCAGUGUUUUGAUUUCUGGAACUAUGUCAAAAUAAAUACAAAGAUACCAUCAUGGUGCUGCCCACAUUGCCAUCAGUCUGUCUGCUAUACUGACAUACGUUUAAAUCAAAGCAUGAUAAAGAUUCUAGAAGAGGUGGGAAAUAAUGUGACAGACGUGGUUAUCUCUCCUGAUGGAUCAUGGAAGGCUGUUGAUGAGAAUGUGGAAGCUGUUCGGGAAACCACUCAUCAACAAGGAGACCCAAGUAGUUCCCAGAACUCGAGGCCAACUGUUUUUGAUCUUACAAGAGAUGAGAAUGAAAUGGAAUCAUCCGGAACCACUCAGUCUUCUGCUUCAAUGGUGGCACUGCCACAGUUGCCACAAACUCUAAAUGUUUAUGAUGGGCAGCAACAGUUCAUGAACUUUCCAGUGUCAGGAGCAGGAGAAGUCAUUCACAUGCCAUUCUUACCAACCUCAUUGCCGCAAGACAGAAUAGCUACUCACAUAUCUAUGCCUGCUGCUCACUCUUCUCAAUAUCAAGGGUUACAUGCUUCUCCCCUUGGACUUUCUCUAGGAAGAACCUCUGGUAUGAUGGAAAGGUGGAACAACCAUAACUAUGGACAUGGCAUAACUCAACCUCAGUUGCCAUCCAUACCUUCUCCGUUGCAUCAUCAAUAUCCAAUCCCAUCUUCCAUUACAUAUCCCCAAACUUUUCCUUACAACUAUGGAGGGACCUCCGACCAGAGACACAUGCAAAUACCAUUUCAAAGACAGAAUCCUGGUGGCGCAGGGGAACAGUUUUCAUCGCGUGAGUUCAUGAACUUGACUCAUGAUAACUCUGCAAAUAGACGUCCACAAAUCCGGAUGAUGCGAGGCAGCAUAACGCCCGGUUCCACAAGGUAUGAUCACCUGAUCAUUCAACCUACUCGACCGGUUCACUCACAAGCUCAAACACAUCCUCCACCUCAAGCUUUUUUGGCGCAUCAAAGCUAUCAGAUGGGUACUAAUGAAACACAAGCUGGGACCAGUUCUUUGCCCUUGGAAGGUGUUGGACCACUCAGGUCGUUUGGGUCAAUGCCUCCUGGGGCAUGGUGAAAUCUGAUGUUGCAAGCCGUUGGUAGCAACAUCUUGAAGUAGUUUUUUUUUGGUACUAACCGGUUUAGGCUUCCGGUAUGUACAUGAGGAAAGUUGUUUUCGGUGUAGGGUAUCUUGAGACUCACGCAAUUUGAAAAAACUGGUGGUAAUUGUUUGAUCUUUUUUUGAGUUUAGAUCAUAAAAAGAAAACUUAAUCAAAAAGUUUGUGUUCGGGUACUUCAUUACAGGUUUGUCGUUUUGUGCUGUUAAACCUAAUUAAGCAUAACUUAAUAGCACUAGACAUCAAUACC